UUGGCGCUAUCGAAGAAAAAGAACAAAAGCAUCAUGAAUCCCCAGCUGCUUCUGCACGGUUUCCUUCUCUUCCCUGCUUCUUAACGCUAGACUUCAACCUUCUUCGCUAGUGUGAGCGUUCGGCCACGUUUUUUUCUUUCUUUCUUGGAACUAUUACCCCACUGAUAUGCAGAUACACCAUGCCCCUCUGCAGGGACUCAUUUACCCCGGCCAGCCUCAACACCGGUACCUGGUCCCCGGAUGAGGACGAGAGACUCCGAGAAGCCGUUGCACAGUAUGGCACCCGCUGGGUGGUGGUUGCCGCGGCCGUGGCGACCCGCAAUGGUGAUCAAUGCGCUAAGCGGUGGAACGAGAAUCUGAACCCCGAUCUCGACCACAGUCCAUGGACUCCACAGGAGGAUCAACUUCUCCUGCAGCUCGUCGACAUCUACGGCCGCAACUGGAAGUUCAUGGCCAACAGCUUCCUUGGUUCUCGUGCCCCACAAGCCCUCAAAAACCGCUACUCGUUGCUGAUGCGACGGUUGAAACGUCGGGGCUCGAUCUCCAAGCAACCCCGACCGCUGUCAUCCUCCGCUACCACCAUUACCACUGCCACAAACGCUACAGACAGUGUCAGCAAGCAGCAGACCCCUUUCACGCCAUACUUCGAUCUAGGAAUAGACCCCCGCGCCACGGGGAUGCUCCCAACCCCGACCGAAGAAAGCAGCGGCAGCAGCGGCAGCACCUCGUACGCGAGCUCGCACCACAGCUCCAUCUCCGAGGGCAGCAAGCCGACGACGCGUCCCAGCAGCCGCUCCAAUUCUUACAUGGACCUGACCAACAUCUUCGGCACGAUGACCGGCACCGCCUUCGGUGACGACGUGCAGUACCAGACCCACGACCUCUUCACCACGCCGCCCAGCACCACCGUGCUGGUCCCCGGCGGCGGGGACGGAACGACCGGUACGCAUCACUCGUCGGACGCCAACCAGCUAGAAUGGGAGGUCUGGCAGAGCUUGAUCGACCCCGGGUCCGGCGAGACGACCAUCACCACCACAACCACCACCGAUUCCUCCUCCCGAAGCACAACCAGCAGCGGCAGCGAGUCGGAGAAAUCCACCCCCGACGCCGCCCCGGGCUUGGUGUCCACCCCGCAGCCGAUGGACCUGACCACCGGGUUAGUAGCCCCGGCCAGUACGGUCCUGGAUAACCACGGGAUCGAGUACUCGGUGCGGUGCUCGCGGGCCAACCUCAAGAAGCUGGUGCACAAUCUCUGCGAUGCGGCCAUCUUGGAGACUAGUGCCGCCAUGUCGGAGGGGGAUCAGGUCACCCUGACUUUACAUCUGAAGACUUGAUCUUUAGUGUUUGCUUUUUCUUUUGUUGUUGAUGAACUCAUGAUACCUGUUUAUAG